CCCGCGCAGGAGAGCGGGAGCGCGCAGUGUCCCGGCCGGUCCUGGUGUGGAAUUCAGGAGGAUGGAGGUCCGACCCGAGCGAUUUAAAGCAGCGGCGGCGAAGACGCUCGGUAGGAUACACCGGGUUCUAGAAAAGCGGCAAGAAAAUGGAGAGACGAUUGAGUUAUCCGCGGAGGGUCGUCCAGAGCUACAGGAAGAGAAAGAACUUCCUGUGGUGGACUGCACGUGUUUUGGUUUGCCACGACGGUACAUCAUCGCUAUUUUGUCCGGACUUGGAUUUUGCAUCUCAUUCGGUAUCCGCUGUAACCUGGGUGUGGCCAUCGUCAGUAUGGUGAACAACCACACCAUCUACAGAGAUGGCAAGCCAUAUGUUGUGAAAGCUCAGUUUACAUGGGACCCAGAGACUGUCGGAAUGAUUCAUGGAUCAUUUUUUUGGGGUUACAUUGUCACUCAAAUUCCCGGAGGUUUCAUCUGCCAGAAAUUUGCCGCCAACAGGGUAUUUGGUUUUGCAGUCGUAGCCACGUCUGUCCUAAAUAUGUUUAUUCCCACAGCAGCACGAGUACACUUUGGCUGUGUGAUAAUGGUGCGGAUACUACAGGGCCUGGUUGAGGGUGUGUCUUAUCCAGCAUGUCAUGGGAUCUGGGCAAAAUGGGCCCCGCCCCUAGAAAGAAGCAGAUUGGCCACAACAGCGUUCUGUGGUUCGUAUGCAGGUGCUGUGAUCGCCAUGCCUUUAGCUGGAGUUCUAGUGCAGUAUUCCGGCUGGUCCUCAGUCUUUUAUGUAUAUGGUAGUUUUGGGGUCUGCUGGUACAUGUUCUGGAUUCUGGUGUCAUAUGAGAGUCCAGCGGCUCACCCCACCAUCACCCCAGAGGAACGGAAAUACAUUGAAGAUGCCAUCGGAGAAACAGCUGGACUUAUGAAUCCUGUAACGAAGUUUAACACUCCCUGGCGUAAGUUUUUCACAUCGAUGCCCGUGUACGCCAUCAUCGUGGCUAAUUUCUGCAGGAGCUGGACAUUUUACCUGCUGCUCAUCAGUCAACCUGCAUAUUUUGAAGAGGUGUUUAAAUUUGAGAUCAGCAAGGUCGGUAUCGUCUCUGCUCUUCCUCAUCUGGUGAUGACCAUCGUUGUGCCGAUCGGAGGGCAGCUGGCCGACUAUCUAAGAAGUCACAACAUCAUGACCACCACAAACGUCAGGAAACUCAUGAACUGUGGCGGUUUUGGGUUGGAGGCCACAUUUCUCCUCGUGGUUGGUUUCUCUCACACUAAAGGUGUUGCCAUCUCAUUUCUUGUCCUUGCUGUUGGAUUUAGUGGCUUUGCAAUCUCAGGGUUCAAUGUAAAUCAUUUGGAUAUCGCGCCACGGUAUGCCAGUAUUCUAAUGGGCAUCUCCAACGGCGUUGGCACUCUCUCUGGCAUGGUGUGUCCUCUUAUCGUUGGUGCCAUGACCCGAAACAAGACACGUGAGGAGUGGCAAUAUGUGUUUCUCAUCGCUUCACUCGUUCAUUAUGGUGGAGUUAUCUUCUAUGGUCUUUUUGCGUCCGGAGAGAAGCAGCCGUGGGCGGAGCCGGAGAACAUGAGCGAGGAGAAAUGCGGCAUAUUAGGAGAAGACGAGCUGGCGGAUGAAACGGAAGAGCUGUACCGCUCAGGAGGCGGGGGCUAUGGAGCGACUAUCCAAUCAGGUGACCCCAAUGGGGCGGGGACAGCAGGGGGCGGAGAUGGAGGAAGAUGGGUCUCAGACUGGGACAAAACGGAGGAAUACGUCCAACCUGUCGGCACGAAUAGCUUUCGGUAUGGAGGAGAGGAGGACAGGGGACUGACAGAAUGAUGUUGAGCUCAAAGAAUAAGAGAGGAUAAAGCUAGAAGAGAGGGGUGGAAAAAAGGACAGGGUAUUCCUCUCUUACAAAAACGGACUGGGACAAGGGAAGGUUUUUACACAAACUAUAAAAAACUUGUAAUCAACAUAACACCUUUCUAGUGAUAUCACAGCAAUAGAUUUAGCAAAGGACGACUUGUGUGUUUGUGUAAAGUGAGCAGGGCUGGACUGGGAACAGAAAUCGGCCCGGGAUUUACACGGAGCGGGUGGGAG